GGGGCGGGGACAGGGCAGGGAUUCUAAGGGCCAGGCCAUUCGGAAAGCAGAGGCAGAGCACGUCACUGGCUCUGGUGUAGCAGAGGCGGGUGUGGCCUAAAGCAGCCAAUUGGGAGCGCCGAGUCUCAACUCAGCCAAUGAGCGGCCUGGCUUCCAAGGCGCCCCGCCCCUGCUCCCUAGUACUUGACUCCUUUGCUCAGCCCAGCUCCGCCGGGUUCUUCUCUGCCGCUUCCCCUAGUACUUCCGCCGAGCAUGCCUUUCGUUGAGCUGGACACGAAUCUGCCCGCCGAUCGCGUGCCCGCAGGACUGGAGAAACGUCUCUGCGCGGCCACUGCUGCCAUCCUGGGCAAACCUGAGGACCGCGUGAACGUGACGGUGCGGCCCGGCCUGUCCAUGGCGCUGAGCGGCUCCACGGAGCCCUGCGCGCAGCUGUUGGUCUCCUCCAUCGGCGUGGUGGGCACGGCAGAGGACAACCGUGGCCACAGCUCUCGCCUCUUCGAAUUUCUCACCAAGGAGCUGGCCCUGGGCCAGGACCGGAUUAUUAUCCGCUUUUUCCCCCUGGAGCCCUGGCAGAUUGGCAAGAAAGGGACAGUCAUGACUUUUUUGUGAUUGGCAUCUGUGAGCUGGUUGCCCCUUCCAGAAAGACCUCUUGGCAGAGGGAGGACCUAGUGGGGACAAGCUUUGGACACUCCCUCAUGCAGACAUGCAUGUGGCCUUACAAUCAUCUUCUU